UUUUGUAUGUUUCAAUAUUGUUCGAUAAAUGCCUGUAUUUUGUGUUUCGGGAAUCAGAUGCACGAUUUUGACUGCAGAUUGAGACACAAACUACGAAUAUUACUGCAAUUUACUGAGUUAGCAGGUGUCUUUUUAUUGUAUACUGCCCUCAGGUGGCCAAGGUGAGCGUUACAGAUACACUGUUGAUUUUUUUUUGGUGCCAUAAUGGGGUGGAAGGAAAUCUCACUUUCUGACAUCAAGCUUGUUUAGACCGAUGUCACACUUUGUGCUUUUCUGCAUCGAGAGGCAAAGAAAAAUAAAAAAAGAGGCGAGUGAUUGCAACUGGCGGCUUCACCGCUGCCUCUCUUCAGUCAUCUCUGUUGUCAUGGCAACCGGCAUCAUGUUUUUCCAGGCCAGCGGCGGACGGACGCCGCGUCGGCGACGGCGACCGUACGCGGGUUCGACGACGGAUUAGCAAGAUAAUGCGAGCUAAUCCCGCCGCGCAGAGACGCUCACGCACCACUGGCAGCCGUGUCGGGCGGAGCGCAGCGGCUGCGAUGUCCUCAGCAUCCCGGUGCCCAUGCGGCGCGGCGGCUCCGAGUCCAACCUGGACGUGGUGGACGGCGUGGGCCUGGACUUCAACAAGGGGGCGCUGGGCAUCGACAGCCUGCAGCAGAAGAUUGUCAAGGUGACGGAGCAGAUCAAGGUGGAGCAGACGGCCCGGGACCAAAACGUGGCCGAGUACCUGAAGCUGGUCAAUAACGCCGACAAGCAGCAGAUGGUUCGCAUCCGCCAGGUGUUUGAGAAGAAGAACCAGAAGUCGGCGCACUCCAUCGCCAAGCUGCAGAGGAAGCUGGAGCAGUACCACCGCCGCGCCAGGGACGGCGAGGCCAACGGCAAGCACGGCCACAAGAACGACACCCGGGACGCGUCGGGGGGGCACGGCAAAGAGGGCGGCCUGCCUCACUCGGUGCGCCACCUCGCGCUGGACAAGGUCAAGACCAUCGGGCCGGGCGUGUCGCUCUCGCCGCCGUUCUUCUUCAACAAGUCGCGCGGAUUCGCCAACCUCAUCCGCAACAAGUACGGCAGCGCCGACAACAUCACGCAUCUCAAGAGCAUGGAGGCCGGCGCCGGGCUGCGGGGCGAGGCCGGCGGCCGGGGCCUGAGCGGCAGCGCCACCACCGUAGCCAAGCCCGCCAAGUACCACAGCGACGACGAGUGCUCCUCCGGCACCUCGGCCUCCGCCGACUCCAACGGCAACCCCGUUGGCGGCAGGCUGGCAGAAGUCCUGGAGACGGUGCGGGACAUCCGCGAGUCGCAGACGCGGCUGGGCCACGACAUUGAGGCGCUCAACGCGCAGUUCAAGCGCGACUACGGAUACUUCACUCAGGUGCUGCAGGAGGAGCGCUACAGGUACGAGCGUCUGGAGGACCAGCUGAACGACCUGACGGAGCUCCACCAGCACGAGACCGGCAACCUGAAGCAGGAGCUGGCCAGCAUCGAGGAGAAGGUGGCCUACCAGGCCUACGAGAGGGCCAGGGACAUCCAGGAGGUGCUGGAGUCGUGCCAGACGCGCGUGUCCAAGCUGGAGCUGCAGCAGCAGCAGCAGCAAACGGUGCAGCUGGAGAGCGCCGACGCCAAGGUGCUGCUGGGCAAGUGCAUCAACAUCAUGCUGGCCUUCGCCACCGUCAUCCUGGUGUGCGUGUCCACGGCGGCCAAGUUCGCCGCCCCGCUCCUCCGCAGCCGCCUCCGCCUGGCGCUCACCUGCGUGGCCGUGUCCCUCCUGGCGCUGCUUUGGAAGAACUGGGAGCAUUUGCCGUCCGCCUUGGAGCGACUGUGACGUCCGCCGUGAUACGAUGCCAUGCAUCUGCCAUCUUCGGUGAAUGUUACCCAAAUGCACGUUGUGUCAAUUUGACACAUUUUCCAGUGUUUAUCAGUCUCUCAACUGCCUUCUAUGAUGUUCUGUGCUGCGUUUAAGCACAGUUCAAAGCAUUCCCAAUGGUUUCUGAAUAUUUCCUUCUUGGCUUUUUUUUUUUUCUUUUAACCACUCGACUUGAAGAGCGUCCAACGAACGCGCAAAGGAGCAACUCGGAGGAGGACGUUUGUUGUAAAGUGGUGCCGCUUCAGUAAUUCCGAGUUCACCACUUAAAAAGUUGAGUUGCAACUCGAGUGUGACCUGAAUAAUGGAGGUGGACUGUCGUGCUCGCACCAAAUAUCACUGUGAAGAAACAAAAAUUUGGUUUUGUCAAAGCCAAAUAUUAAGAAAAUAUGUGGGAUUUGAAGAAGGCAUUUACUUUUUAGUUGAGCUUUUUUCUUUCACCCGCAUUGUCACAAAAGGUUAUCUUUUUUUUUUUUUUUCUGUCUCUGUUGGUAACCUACAGCAUGUCUUUUUUUUUUUUUUUUUUCUAAAUGAGGAAAUGUGUGUUUUUUAAAAAAUAUAUUUGAUGUAUUUUUGGUAACGUGCACUGCAAGCAUUAUUAGGAAUUGAAAAAAUAAAAUGACAACUCGUGCCCUUUAA